UGUGUUUACUGUGUCUCAACCGAGUGUGAACGCAUCAUGAGAGCACGUCCAAGGACCUAGCUUGCAACGAGAGAGCAGCUCGCCAGGACCGGAGGAUCUUUGCAUACGUUACACCUGAGUCCGCCAGUCCUGUUGAUAGAACUUGCGGCCAGGACUCCACCGCCCCCGCUGCCGGACGUACGAACGUUUCGUGGUGUGGAUAGUGUCGUACAACCUCUUAUCAGUAAAGGAGCUACAUUGCCUGGUGGUCUCCCAGGCCAAGAGCAGAUAAUAGUCGACCUAAGGACUCUUAUCAGAGAACCGCCAAGAUGCCCGUCGACCUCCGCGCUAUCUUCGGCAACGUCUUGCACCUUUUCAAGAGUCGCGCCAACCAGAUCUGCGCGGCGUCCUGCGAUGGGCUCGUCCUAAGAAUGCACUACAGGUGGACCUUCUGCUUGCUCAUGGGGAUGUUCCUGACCGUGUGGUACUCGUGGUAUUAUCGUGACGUCAUCAGCUGCGUCUCGCACUUCAACGCCGAAACGCAAGUCCGACUCGACUACAUCAACAUCUGCCUCUCGUACCCCUACGUGGAGGACAGCGGCUCGAGGCGCUACCUGCUCUUCUACCGGUGGAUCUCGUGGUCGCUGCUGGUGCUCGCCGGCGUCUACUACAUCCCGCGCAAGAUGUCCAAGAACCUGGACAACUCCAAGUGCAAGAAGCUCCUGGAGGACCUGGCGGCCAACUCGAGCCGCUACGACCAGGCGGAGCGCGAGCUGGUCGACCGCGCCUCGGGCUACAUCCUGUUCAACCUCAAGACGCACAACGGCCUCUACUGGAAGUUCCUCUCCGUCAACAUCGUGGCGCUCGUGGUCGACGUGUUCGCCAUGCAGUACCUGGACUUCAUCCUGCAGGGCCGCUUCAUCCAGUACGGCUUCAACUCGUACCCGUUCAACCGGGACCCGCGCAAUUUCACCGACUACAUGUCCCAGACGUUCCCGCCGUUCGCGUCGUGCGAGCUCUCCAUCGAGAACCAGCUGACCAACCGGCGCACGGAGAAGCUCGGUUGCCACCUCACCAUCAUGGAGCUCUACGAGAAGGUGUUCCUCGGCCUGUGGCUCUGGCUCAUCCUGCUCACCCUCACCACCUGCUGCUACCUGAUAUUCCUCGGUCUCAUGUGGCUGCCGAGGAUGCAGCAGUACCUCCUGCGCACGGCCAAGCCGGGCCACACCAACAGCAAGAUGGGUAGCGUCAUCGAGGACGCGAUCAAGAACUGCAAGAUCGGCGACGUGUACCUGCUGUACCGCGUGAAGCAGCACCUGAGCCACGCGCGUUUCUACGAGCUCUUGGCGCGCGUGUCGAGUCCCAACCCGUACGCCAAGCCCGUGCCCGGCGCCCCCGAGCUCGAGAAGGGCAAGGGCGGCCCGCAGGACAUGGGCAAGCAGCAGCCCAUGCCCGACACCCUCCGCAACCGCGCGCCCGCCAUGCCCCAGGCGCCGCCCAUGAACCAGAACUUCUACCACCAGCUGCUGGCCAACCCCAUGAUGGCCCGGCCGCCGCACCCGCAGGCCAUGCCGCCCGGCCAGCAGGCCCUGCCUCCACAGCCGCAGCCCAACAACAAGGACGCGACCAAAAUCUUAGUCGACUAGUCACCGCGCAGGUCUUGCUAGCCCGUGGGUUGUGCCAUACCUUAGACAGAAAC